GUUAAGUUGUGGAAGAGGAGGUAGAUUGAUUUGAUUGGAUUGGAGAGAGCGGUGAAUAUCGAAUCUGAUAUUUGGUUGCAAGUGUCUUAUAAAGGCAGGGGCAGGGGGUGUGCAGGGCAGCCUGGCUCUGGCUCUGGCUCAGCCUCAGCACACCAUGGGUCAAGGCCUCAGCUGCAGAGCAGGCAACCACGAGCAUGGCCUCUUCACUGCCGUCCACCACGGUCACCUUCUCACCGUCACCUCCCUCUUAGACCACGACCCUUCUCUCCUCCACCACACCACUGUAUACGAUCGCCACUCUCCUCUUCAUAUUGCCGCUGCCAAAGGCCACAUCCACAUUCUUUCCAACCUUCUCGAUCGAUCUCUUAAUCCUGAUCUUCUCAAUCGCCAGAAGCAGACCCCGCUCAUGCUCGCAGCAAUGCACGGCAAGAUCGACUGUGUCCAGAAGCUUCUUCAAGCUGGAGCUAAUGUUUUGAUGUUCGAUUCUAUUUACGGAAGAACAUGCUUGCAUUAUUCAGCUUAUUACGGCCAUUCUUCUUGCCUUAAGGCAAUUCUUUCUGCUGCUCAAUCUAGUCCUGUCGCUGCUUCUUGGGGAUUUUCUCGGUUUGUAAAUAUCAGAGAUGGCAAAGGUGCAACGCCAUUACACUUGGCAGCUCGGCAAAGAAGGCCGGACUGCGUGCGUGUUCUGUUAGACAGUGGAGCUCUUGUUUGUGCUUCAACAGGUGGAUAUGGAUGUCCAGGGAGCACUCCCCUACAUGUUGCGGCCAGAGGUGGAUCUCUGGAUUGCAUUCGCGAGCUCUUAGCUUGGGGCGCCGAUCGUCUUCAGCGCGACGCAUCCGGGAGAAUACCGUAUGUGGUAGCUAUGAAGCACAAGCAUGGGGCAUGUGCAUCACUGCUGAAUCCCUCGUCUGCAGAGCCCCUUGUGUGGCCCUCUCCAUUGAAGUUCAUCAGCGAACUUAAUCAAGAAGCCAAGGCCUUAUUAGAGCAGGCCUUGAAGGAUGCAAACAGAGAGAGGGAGAAAAAUAUAUUAUUGAAGCCAACCACCUACUCUCUCCCAUCUCCAUCUCAUUCUGAUGAUGAUAAUAUCUCUCAGGUUAGCGAGUCAGCAUUAUGCUGCAUUUGCUUUGAGCAAGAAUGCACAAUUGAAGUCCAGAACUGUGGGCACCAGAUGUGUGCACAAUGCACAUUAGCCCUAUGUUGCCACAACAAACCAAACCCUGCCACGGCUGCCCUUACGCCGCCGGUUUGUCCCUUCUGUCGAAGCGCGAUAGCCAGGCUGGUGGCCGUGAAGGUGGAAGCUCAGGAGGAAGUGGAUCAAGACACCAAUAAUGGUUCCAAACUAAGCAAGUCAUCAAGAAAAACAAGAAACACAAAUGAGGGCGGCAGUAGCAGCUUCAAAGGCCUAUCAUUCGCCAAGUUGGGUAGCCGCAGCUCUGGAAGGAUUGCUGCUGAUGAUGAAUGGAUUCACAAAGACUGAAUGCAAUGCUUCCAUAAUUGGCAACAAGAAAAGGUUACUAGCUAUAUAUAUGUGCUUCACCAGCAAGGCAUGAUCAAAGAAUAUUAUGUAAUUUUGGGAAAUAAGCAAAGUCAGUGGAAGUAAGUGCAAGUGAAGUGAAGUUUGCGGUAGGUACCAAAAACAAGACCAGCAUGUCAUGUUGUUCUACUAGCUAGCUACGAUUGUUGUUAUAAUUAUUGUUACUUGAGAUUGAAGAAGCAUCACUUGGGUCGAUGAUUUUGAGAGUAUAGUCCUCAUUCAAUCAAAUUUUAUUAUACAUUAAACAGGUAAAGUGGACGGGAAUUGGAUUUCUCUUCCAAUAAUAAAUAUUUUAUUAUGAAAACUGUGUAUUUGGUAUUUCUUUGUAACCAUGUGAAAUGAGCAAUAAAAUAUGAAUACGAAAGUGAAGUACUUACUCAUCA